AUAAACUUGGACACAUCCUCUGCUGCUAACGAUGGAGUCGUUGAAAGAUUUCAAGAAUUCAUAAAUAAUAAUCCUUGGUGCAUAAAUAAUCAAUGUGACGAAGGAUAUACCUUUUUAAUGCAUUCAUCCAUGAAAGGCAAUGUACAACUUGCAAAGCUUCUUAUUGACAAGGAAGCAAAUAUUUUCAUUAAGGAUAGGAAAGGCAUGACGGCCCUGAUGAUUUCAUGUGCAAAGGGACACGACAAAAUCGUAAAAAUGCUUAUUGACCGUUUGAGUUCCAUAAAAGGCAUAAAUAUACUAGUUGAAAAUCAACUCACCAACGUCAAAAACUUUAUUAAUGACACUAAUCAUGAGGGCAUGACACCUUUAAUUCUGGCGUCUAGGGGAUGCCACGAGAGUUGUGUAAAUCUGCUCAUCAAUUAUAAGGCUGAAGUCGAUCUCAAAGACAAAUAUGGCUAUACCGCCUUAAUGUAUGCUUGUCAAUAUGGAUACAAAUUAAUUGCCUUGUCCCUCAUUAGAGGGCAUGCUGAUGUAAACAUGAAAAGCCCUAAACGUGGAACAAGUUUGAUGUUAGCUUCAUGUAAUGGGCACUAUGAGAUAGUUAAACUAUUGGUGAAAUAUAAAGCUUUAGUCGAUGAACGAGACGAUAGGGGCUAUACAGCUUUGGAUUGGGCUUUAAUUAAAAAUGAAUGCAAAAUCAUUGAACUUCUCAGAAAUAAAAAGGCCAAUCAAACAUUCAUUUAACAUCAACAUGUGGUAAAUUUUAUUAGAUUUCCGCAACCAACCCUGCAUAAAUGAAAAUUGUAAAACUACUAAAAAAACUAAAAAUAUUUUUUAAAAAACCCAAACUUUUAAAGAUGUGUUUAAUGAUAACAAUUAAAGUCUUUUUUAUUGAGAAUAUAUAUUAAAAGAAAGAAAGAAAUCACAGACGUAAUGAAAAAGUGUAAAAAAAAAGAUUUAAAUUAUUAGUUUUUUUUUUUUCCAAAACGAGCUCAU